ACUGUUAUGGAUCAAGCAGAACAAUUAAUGAGAAAAUAUUUAGAGCAUGAAUACAUCCAACCCACUCUCUAUAGUAAUGACUACGAUACCCUCUCUCCUUUCUUUUCUCCACCAUCUUCCCUUAUCAACUCAAGGCUCAUAAAGCUAUUCUCAUCUUCAUCAUAACCUAAAACAAAAAUCACGAAGUGUGAACCAAAGUAAAACAAAACCUUAGUGUAUAUCAGAUCUCGAUAUUAUGGAUCCAAUCCAUGGCUUUAUUGGCACAACAAACAUCUCACACAACACAAACCUUAUGAUCGCCGCCGCAGCAGUCACUACCUCAUCCUCCUCCUCCUCGUCUUCUUCAGGCGGAUCGGCGACGACCCAGCUGAGUAGGUAUGAGAAUCAGAAGAGAAGAGAUUGGAACACAUUUGGACAGUAUCUACGCAACCACCGUCCCCCACUUUCUCUCUCCCGUUGCAGUGGUGCUCAUGUUCUUGAGUUUCUCAGGUACCUCGACCAAUUUGGCAAGACCAAGGUUCACACACAACUGUGUCCGUUCUUUGGACACCCAAAUCCACCAGCACCAUGUGCCUGUCCACUACGGCAAGCAUGGGGCAGCCUCGACGCACUCAUUGGCAGGCUUCGAGCCGCUUUUGAAGAGAACGGUGGUUCACCUGAGACUAACCCUUUCGGUGCACGAGCCGUUCGUCUCUACCUAAGGGAAGUGCGUGACUCGCAGGCUAAAGCGCGUGGGAUCAGCUAUGAAAAGAAGAAGCGAAAGCGUCCUCCUCCGAUGCCCCUACCACCGCCUCACUCGGUGAUUUCCAGUAGCCCUAAUUAGCAAUAAGUCAUAUCAAUAAGAUGUUUCAGUCAACUACGUUUGUCAGUGACGAACAUGCACAUGCACGACUUAUCUAAAAGUUGCAUGCCAGUCUUCCUAAUCCUCUUAUUUGGAAACCUAAAGAAUUUUAUGUUGUACUGAAUAAACUUGUAUUUUUCUUUUUGGACUCCCAUAAACAUGUAUUACUAUAUUUCCAAUACAUGCAACAUUAUUAUAUAUAAUUUUUUUCCAACCCUUUA